CCGAGAGGCGGCUGGGUCCUGGAGAAUGGUCGAGGGUCGCGUCGAAGAGGCAGUCGCUAAACUAAAAGCGAGCAGGAGUGCAUAAGAAGGACUGAAGGAAGGAGGGGCAUGGGAACGUGGCCACUGCGUUGUUGGUUCAAGCUUCCGCAGUUGGUUGCAACUGGGAAGUCGCUGGCGACCCCGCCCUCUGCAAGCAUCGAGAUGGGUUGCUGCAUGGCGUCCUACCGGUCGCAGGGGGCGAUGUCGCCCAUCGGCGCCCUGGGCGCCUCGUUGCGCAGCGGGCAGCGCCGGGGCGCGGUGCCCUCAAUCUCUGCGCGGCCGGCCCCCCGCGAGGUUCUCAGCGUGCGGCAGCGGGCUUCGCGGCUGCAGCCGACGGUGCACCGCUCAAGUUGCGUCGGGCGCGCGCCUGGAGCGGUGUCCCCGAUCGCUCGUCGGUCGCAAGAAUAGGGG